AUGAGUUGGGGAAUAGAGUUGUGGGACCAGUGGGAUAAUAUUGGCAUCCACACACAGAAGGGCAUUGACUUUUGUGAGCGCUAUGUUCAUUUUCUCAAGGAGAAGAGUGCUGUUGAAUUGGAUUAUGCAAGCAAACUAAAAAAAUUAGUCAAGAACUUCCAGCCAAAGAAGAGAGAGGAGGAUGAUUACACAUUCACAUGGUCUCAUGCCUUUGUGGACAUGCUCAAGGAAAUUUUUGACAUGGCAGGGCAGCACGAGGUGGUGGCUGAGAAUCUACAGGGGGCUGUCAUUAAAAAUAUGCAGGACCUUAUAUUGGAGCUCAAAACUGACCGGAAAAAGCAUUUGACUGAUGGUGUCCGACUGCAGGACCAGCUUAAGCAAAGUCAGGCCCUUCUAGAGAAGGCAAAACGAAAAUAUGAGAAAGCCUAUUAUGAUUCAGAAAGAGCACUGGAUAACUACAGGAAGGCAGAUGCCGAUAUCAAUUUGUCCCGAGCAGAAGUGGAAAAG